AUGCCACAAGAACCAGUAGCAAAAUUUAUAUGCGUGAUUAAUCUCAACGAACAUGACAAUAAAGAGAUCAAAAGAGCACUGCACCCCGAGGCCUGCUUUCCCCCCGAUAUCAGAACAUAUAAAGGGUUUUUGGAAUUUUAUGCAAGAAACAGGCCAGGUCGUAUCAAGGAAAAACCUACACCAGAAACAAUCGAACAUUUUCGCCGGGACUUCGAGACAGCUCUGGCUCGCACGAGGGACUUCUGUGUCCCGAAGAGCAUGUCUACUACUAUAAAGGAGUAUAUCAUUUCAGACUUGAAGACCAAAGUUGGUCUUCCAGAUGCUGAAAUGUCCAGAGAUGGACUGUCUCCGAAUGAUUUAACCAUUCUCCAAACACAGCUCUGGUCAUUAAUGUUACUCUAUUGCUUUUCUUCUGCUCGAACCAGAGAGAAGGAUAGCUGCAAUGACAAGGAUGCUAAUCUCCAGGCCAGUGCCAUGGCAGCAUGCUACAAGCAUUUUAUCCUCACCAUCAAGCUGGUCGAUGGCAUUCUAAUGUUGAGAAUGAAAAAAUGGGAACCUUUAGUCCAUGCUUUCUACAAGGUGAUUCAUUUCCAAGAAGACCUCUUGGAUACUCCUGUUUUUAGGCCAUUGAGCAAGCUGAAUUGUGAAACCUCCACUGGCAGGGCGAGAGGCGCUGACGCAUUUGGAAAAGAGUUUGCUGCUCUUGGGUAUCGGAAUAAGAAAUAUUCCCAGACAGCUCGAAUGAAGUGUGCCUCACACAGAGAAACACAGACUUUUGGCCGAUCAUAUGCGCACCCCGUGUGCGAAGUGGAUGGACCUGCAACCUACUUGAAUAUUGCUUCCCACCAUGAGCAUAUUCAGAAUCAACAUAGCAUGGGCAUGCACCGCAAUCCAAACUUAUGGCAAUCUCUACCAGCCAAAGCAGAAUUUGAAUUUCAGGAACGAGAAGACGCCAUAGCCCUUAAUACAGAAUUUGAGUUUCUGUCAAAAUCCGCAAUACCGAUGUGA